AUGGACCCGAAAUAUAUGUGUAAUGUAUUUGGUGAAAUUGAUGCGCUUUUUAACGAGAAUGUUGUAAUUCCGAACAAAUUUGAUUCUAAAAUUUCUUUAUACAAAGAAUAUUGUCCUAACCGAAAAUGUGAUACAAAUAGGAAACGUAUUUCUGCUUUGAGCAGGUAUUUAUUUAUGAGAUUAAUAACAUAUUCCAAAAACACGUAUGAUGAAUAUUUUUUGAUGUGGCUAGCCGAUAAAUUAUUUAAGAUACACAACAAAGGGAAAGGGAAAGGCAAUAAAAUUACUUUAGAUAAGGCUUAUGAUAAAUAUUUAAAGAGUAAUAUACAAAAUUUUAAUUAUUGGGCUCUUUUAUAUAAUGUAAGGGGUUUGAAAGAUGCUGAUCUUAGGCAUAUGAGCGAAUUUUAUAAGUUACUUAAGCGUAUAUGUAAAACGAUUAUAGAAUAUAAUAAACAACAUGACAAAAGUACGAAUCUUAUUAUGAAUUCUACUGAGGCCUCUAAUCAAUAUAUGCUCCUUUAUGAAAAUAUUAUUGGAUGCAAAUCAUACCUUUAUUUAUUGGAUAAUUUAAAAAAAAUAUAUGUUUCAUUUAGACUUUCUGUUAUUAGGGGCAAUAUAAGAAAAAAUCCAAAUUUAUUAAAACUUCUUCAAACAUUUACAACGUUCAAUGGAGAAGAUUCAUAUUUUGCGAUAGGUUAUAAUAAAUUGGACUUCAGUGAUUCGGGGUGUAAAUUACAAUAUGAUGAUAACAUAGUACAAACUUUGAUGAAAGCAAAAGCUCAAAAGGAGAAAAAAUAUAAUGGGACCAAAGGAGGAGAUAUCAAACUGGCCACACAACUACAAAGUUCAGGGGACCAAACAUUAAAUCCCCCAUCGGGAACAAGAGAUUCACCAAGCAUCUCUGACAAUGGAACCGAUACAUUAGGGAGUAGAGGCAGCAUAGUAGAUGAUUCUCAAAAAAAAGCAAACAUUAAAGGAAGUGAACAAAAAGAUUCAGAGGGGAAGAAUGUAAAUCAAAAAGACUCACAAAAAGAUCCAAGCGACCCAAACAUCCAUACCCCAGCCUCAGAUCCCAACCAAGGAGGUGGAUUAGGAGGUUCAUAUAAUGAAGCAGGAAGUACAGGUAGUAAGUCAAGGGGUUCAGAUGGUGUCCCAGGAAGUACAAGUAGUGAGUCGAAGGGUUCAGAUGGUGGCCCAGGAAAUACAGAUAGUGGAUCAGGUAGUGGAACAGGAGGUGGAAAAGAUAGUGGGGCAAAUGGUGGAUCAAGUGGUGGUGGAAGUGGUGUGCCUGGAAGUUUAGGAGAUGGAUCAGGUAGUGGCUUAAUUGGUGGAUCAAAAACACUAGGGGAUCAGGCUACAACGCAUUCAUCAGAAGCGUCCAAUGGAUAUUUGUCAAACCUUUGGAGAACGCAUUUAAAUCUCAUGAAUUAUAUCCCUAAUGUUCCCGAUAUAUAUCAAUCUUCAAAGGAUAUUUUAUUAAGUGCCACUAAUCAAGUUAGCAGUGCAUAUAAUAGUGCUAUGACCAUUGCACAAGAAACUUAUGAUAAAACUGUGUCCACUGUAAAAAAUGUUUACAUUGUAUCUCGUAAUUAUAUUGGUGAUGCUGUUAAUAGUGUAACUAGUCAAUUGAAUUCAUUCAGUAUUUCUUCUCAAUUAGGUGGUAACCAAUCUGGAUUCAAUAGUUCAGGGAGUGUGGUAGACACACCUAAUUACUCACAACAAAAUCCAUCGCAAACUUCACCACCACCAAUACCUCCACCAUCAACACCACAAUCAACGCAACAUUCACCGCAACCAUUAGACCAACAAUUAUCACAAACUCCAUCAGGAACAUCACAAAAUUCAUUACCGUCACCAAAUGUUAAGGAUCAAACUAAUGUACCCAAAUUGUUCCAGGACUCACCUCAAAACCAAAGUUCUGAUCAAAACGAUCAAGGAGGAUCUAAAAUACCAGUGGUUAAACCAGGAAAUCCAGGAGAUGAAGUAAAAGGAAAUGGAACAACAGGAAUAGGUGAUAUAUAUGUACUCAAAGAAUACAAACAAAUUGGUAUUUCAAUUAUAGUUCUUUUAAUACCAAUUGCUUUGGCUAUUAUGUAUAAGGUAAAUAAAAAUAAAAUUAUGAAGUAUACAAUUUUUAAAAUAUUUCUUUAG